AUUUCUACAGUUCUGUAGCUUCUGAAAUACCAUCUCCUGAUAGUAAUUUUAUUAAAGAGUAGUACCUCAUUUUAUCUGUGACAUCUUGUAACUGUGCCAAAGAAGGACUCCAUGAAAGAUGACAGAAGAAGUUAUUGUUAUAGCAAAGUGGGAUUACACUGCACAGCAGGAUCAAGAACUUGACAUCAAGAAGAAUGAGCGUCUGUGGUUGCUAGAUGAUUCCAAAACUUGGUGGAGGGUAAGGAAUGCAGCCAACAAAACAGGAUAUGUGCCAUCUAAUUAUGUGGAGAGAAAGAACAGUUUGAAGAAAGGCUCCCUGGUUAAAAAUCUUAAAGACACAUUAGGACUGGGUAAGACAAAAAGAAAGACAAGCACAAGAGAUGCCUCUCCCACCCCUAGUACAGAUGCAGAGUAUCCAUCUAAUGGAAGUACUGCAGACAGGAUUUAUGACCUCAACAUCCCAGCCUAUGUUAAAUUCGCAUAUGUUGCAGAGAGGGAGGAUGAACUCUCCCUAGUGAAAGGAUCCCGGGUCAUCGUGAUGGAAAAGUGUAGUGAUGGCUGGUGGCGAGGUAGCUACAAUGGACAGAUCGGCUGGUUUCCUUCUAACUAUGUUGUAGAGGAACUUGAAGAAGCAACAGCUGAUUCCCCGAGUUUUCUCAGUUUAAGAAAAGGAGCAUCAAUGAGUAAUGGCCAGAGUAUGAAAGUGCUCCAUAUUGUUCAAACACUCUAUCCUUUCAGUUCUGUUACAGAGGAGGAGCUCAACUUUGAAAAAGGGGAAACAAUGGAAGUUAUUGAAAAACCUGAAAAUGACCCAGAAUGGUGGAAAUGUAAAAAUUCCCGAGGGCAAAUUGGCCUUGUUCCUAAAAACUAUGUAGUCAUCCUAAGUGAUGGUCCUGCCAUGAACACUUCGCAUCCACCUCAGAUAAGCUAUACGGGGCCAUCUUCUACGGGACGUUUUGCUGGAAGAGAGUGGUAUUAUGGGAAUGUUACACGACAUCAGGCUGAAUGUGCCCUUAAUGAACGAGGUGUUGAAGGUGACUUCCUUAUUAGAGAUAGUGAAUCUUCGCCCAGUGACUUCUCCGUAUCUCUUAAAGCAUCAGGGAAGAACAAACAUUUCAAGGUGCAGCUUUUGGACAAUGUCUAUUGCAUUGGACAGCGCCGGUUUCAUACUAUGGAUGAAUUGGUGGAACACUACAAAAAGGCACCUAUUUUCACCAGUGAACAUGGGGAAAAGUUAUAUCUCAUCAAAGCACUUCAGUGACAUUAAAGAGGGGACUAGGCUGCCUAGUCCAUGUUUCACUAAAUGCCUAGUCCGCUUCUCACUAAACUACAGGCCUUAGGUCCAACAUUCACCUACAAAGAGCAGAGCUGACCUCCUACCUGAUACAGUCCCAAACCCAGGGCUCUUGCUUCUCAGAGGGCUUUGCUCUAUCGUAUGGUUUGUAUUUGAUUUAUGAUUCAUUUGCCUAAUUUGUUUUUUUCUCCCCCCAGUUGGGUUUGGUUCAGUUUGUUUCCUCUCAGGUUAAAAACUUAAGUGAACAUUAUCAGUACUCACUUCCAUGCCUGAGUUCUAAAGCCCCUCUCUGUCCCUGGUUUACAGAAUUUAGAGAUGAGAGAGAGGGAGGUGAGUUUGGUUGAUUUUGUUCUUUUUAAUUGGAGACAGUGUUAAUCUAUUCAAAUCAUUCAUGGUGACAGAACUCUUAGUUAAGAGACAUUGGGCACAGUUUGAAUGCACUGAAGCUACAGCUAAUUAAGUGAAAUAUAGUAGACAUAAACAGUUGUGGCUGUGAGUUCUGUAGCUCUUUGGCUUACCAGGUAGUGUAUGACAAAAAUUCUUAGGCUCUAGAAGCACUCUACGCUGUAUUCUGCUAUUACAUUGCUUCCUUGACUCUAUAUAAGAGUACACCAAUUAAAGCAUUUUGUAAUAGGACUUCUUAAACUACUAUGGUAAGAUUGUAGUAAAAGAAAUCUAGUGUAUUUUGGUCUGUGGUUGCAACAAAGAGAAUUUCCCUAAAAGCUGAUUUGCAAGAGAAAGAAUCAGUGACUUACGAAGGCUGAACGUUUUGGUAAUCUAUAAAACCAAAUGUGCCAUCCACACAAUCCUUUUUUCUCUCACCCUUCUGCUUGUUUGAAUUUAACAAUUAUGUAUUUAAUUCUCAAAGUAAUAUGUAUCUGUAGCUAUUUGUUGACACUAAUGCAGAUGAUUACAAAAAAAAAAAAAAACUGAUCUUUUAGGGAAGUGGGGCUACCAACACUAUACACACACACACACACAUAUAUAGAGACAUAUCUAUAUAGAGAGAUACAGAUAUGUGUGUGUGUGUGUGUAUUAUUUGCUUUACAGGGAAAAUUCUUCAGGGUUUACAAAAGAUGAUGUGAUUGGUAGUGAGACACGCAGAAUGUUUUCGAAAAAAAUGCAUUUUCUGUUUUCUUUACAUUUAAAUUUCUUUAUAGUUCGAAUAUACAGUCUUGAGAUGGCACAUUCCUGAGAUUGAAGAAGGGGUCUUAAGAUCCCUUAAACUUGCAUACAGUUUUUUGGAUAUUGUAAUAAAAAAGGUAUUAUGUCAAGACCGAGUAUGUGUCUUUAUCUCUAUUAGCACUCAAAUUCAAUCAUAGCAAUUAAAUGAAUACCAGAUUUACCUAUUACUUGGGACCUGAAUGGUAUAGAGGAAAAAAUUUUAAAGCGUUUUAGUGCCUUCACUAUGUUAUAUUAUGUGCCCUUUUCCUGAUGAUGGUAUUGUUUGUUGAAAUAAUAAACAGUGAAAUUAUUUUUUUAAAAAA